AUGCUGUUUUACCCGGAGAUUAGCAUACAGAAUGAGCUGAAAAAGUUGAUGGCCCUGUCCGACCAGGCAUACGAUUAUCAGCUGGAGCAGAAACGGAAAAGAUUGCAGGCUUUGCUUCAGGCAGAGGAAGAACAGCUGGACCAGGAAAUAAUGCAGAAACUCGGGCAAGAAGAAGAAACUCGGCUAAGAGAGAAACAAAACGCCUUGCUAGUCGCGAAACAGGACCACGAACGGCAACGGGCAGAGUUUGUGAAGAACAAAAUGAUUCAACUUCAGCUGAACAACUGCGACGAAAUCAGAUCGCUUCUUCAGCAGCAAUACCACGAGGAGUCGAAAAAGUGCCAGCUAGCGCAAAUAGAAGAUAAGAUGAAACUGAAACAGGCCAAAAUGGACGAGGAACGCAUGUGGACGGAUGUGCACAUACGAAAAUACAAGAACGAUCUCGAACAAGAACUAUCCAAGAAGCGGGAGCGCAAGCUGAUGGAACAAAAGACUUUGCAGGACAUUAAGGUGCAGAUUAACGACAAAGUCUUGCAAGCGGAACAGGAGAAAGUGAACCUGCAGAGGGUGGUGUGCGCGGCGCUACCGUUUCCGGAUCAUGAUCCGAAGUUGAAAACCAUAGGCAAAGCGGAGUUGGCCGAAAAGCUGCGUGAGCAGAUCACUUUCCGGAAGGAGCUACAACGCAAGCAAAACGAUCAGGAUCGGCAGGUCAUACGCAUACUGAACGAAACCAUGGCCCGCGAGCUGGAGCAAGAGAAGAUUGCGCUCAAAACGGAAGAAGAAGUAUUGCGAAAGCAAAAGGACCAAUUUUAUCAGUACUCCAAAGAUGUCCAUCGGCAGCGUUUGGUGGAGGAAGGAAAGCUAGAGAAACUGAUCAAGGAUACACACGAAAAGUUCGAUCGAGAAAGCGUGGAAAAAUGCGUUCGCGACAAGCAGAAACGGCUGCAGCUGGCGUCGUUAACAUACGAGGGUCAGCGAAAUCAGAUCGCGGAGAUGGAAGCCCGAAGGGUGCGGGAGCGAGAUGAGCGUCAACAGGAAGCGCUCCGGGAGCGCGAAUUUCAGGAAAAGAACCGUCAAGAAGCAGAGCUUGCCGACUGUCGGAUACAGACAGCGGUGCACCAGUACCGCGACUCGCUUAAGGAGCAAAUCAAAUCGGCCAACCUAGAACGGGAGCGUUCCAAGCGUGCCAACCAGAUGGAGACGAACCGCAUGAUCGAACGAAGCCUUAACGAGUUAAACUUUGUGCAAAGCUACGUGAAGGGCUCGUUUGAGGCCCACUUCAAAAAGCACCCGAACGUGUCGCUAAUGAAAAGAAAAUACUAG